AUGCCCCACUCCUUGCAUGUGCCCUAUUUUUUUUUGUGUGUGUGUUUACACUCUCUUGAUACCCAUUAUGUUUUAUCCUCUGUUGUUUCGUCAUUGUGUCGAAACCUUGCCGCUUCAUCACAUUCGUCUCUUGUACCCAAAUAUCCGAUUUCCCCUUUUCUUUGCACCCCUUUCGCCCGUAGUUUAUCGGUGUUCACUUUCUGCCGUGUCGUCAAUUCUCUACUUCUCAUCAUCGGUCCCUUUACGCGGCCGGAGUUUGUUUGCAUGGCAGACAGUUCCGACACCCGAUUGUCACUAGCGAGGACUACGGAGUACCUCAUUUUUAGCCACCAAAGAAAAUCUUGCGGAAAACAGUCGCAGGGUUCCGUCUUUCCCUAG